AUGACUGCCUCCCGUGUUCAGGUGUGUGUAUGGAGUGAGCCCUGGCACAACUUUCGUGUCUAUGGAGGAAAGGUGUGUAACACACUCAUGGCAGGUUCUUGGGCAGACAGAACUCCUCUCCACGAUGCUGCUUUGCAAGGUCGCCUGCUUCCAGUGAAGAGGCUCCUCUCUCAGGGACUCUAUAUUGGUGUGGUCACACUGGAUGGCGUCACACCACUACAUGAAGCUUGUCUUGGUGGCCAUUUUGCCUGCGUAAAAUUCCUGCUGGAACACGGAGCUGAUGCGAGUGCUGUAUCUGCCGAUGGAGUCACACCUCUCUUUAAUGCUUGCUGCAGUGGGAACCCCACCCUCCUCGGGCUCCUUCUGAUGUACAGCUCUGCCCACCACCCAGCUCACCUGCUCAGGUCACCUAUCCAUGAAGCAGCAAAGAGAGGUUACACAGCAUGUGUGGAGGUGCUGCUGUCACAUGGAGUGAAUGCGGAUAUUCAUUUGGCUGGAAUGGGAACGCCACUCUACUGUGCAUGUGAGACACGGCGUCUGGAUUGUGUGCGGAGGCUACUAAUCCUAGGUGCUGAUGUGCACUGUGGGCAUGGCCUUGAUACACCACUGCAUGCUGCUGUCAGAGCAUGUGGUGUCAUGGAGGUGGAGCUGUUGCUGGAGCAUGGGGCUGAUGUGAAAUGUAGGAAUUCAGAAGACAAAACACCCCUGGACAUGGCUACGGAUAAUUACAUCAAACAUCUUUUGCAAACUGCAGGUCCUUGUUCUCUGUCACAUCUGAGCAGGUUGUGCAUCCGUCGUACCUUGGGCCAAAAAAGACUGAGCAGAGCCAAAAUGCUCUGCUUACCACACAUCCUAAUUAAUUAUGUUCUGUAUCAAUAA